UGCAGUGAAAACGGACCCGUGUUGCCUACACCCAGCCGGAUCUGAUCUGCUUGCUGACGUGUCGCCUCCCAUCUCAGUACUCCUACUCACCACUCAAACCUGCCAGCAUGGCAGCAAAACACUUUUACCGAAAAGGCUUUUUAUUACUUUUAUUUAAUUUUAUCUCAACCGCCGCCUUGGAGAAGCGAUUCUCCGAUUUUAAGAGAUGUGCCGACGAGGAGUGCAGCUUGCUUCUAUGUCGUGGAAAAGCAGUGGAAGAUUUCUCAGGACCGGACUGUCGGUUCUUGUCAUUCAAGAAAUCCGAAACUGUCUAUGUAUACUACAAAUUGUCCGGCAGAAGGGCUGACAUGUGGGCCGGAAGUGUUGGAAGUCAAUUUGGUUAUUUCCCAAUGGACCUCUUGGCUGUCAACCAUGUUUAUACAGAUAAAGAAGUUGAAGUUCCAACAGAGCAAACGGAUUUUGUCUGUUUCGACACAGGAUUUGACCAAUUUGACAACUAUGAGAUAGAUUCACUGUUGGGUUUUCCAACAGUGAAGAAUUAUGAUGAAAAUGAACAGAAUUUUGACAAAACCCAAGUGCCAGAGCAUACUGCAAAAGACACCAACCGACCAGAGGAGGAGGCGAUGAAUGACGGUGAAAUAGAAGCUGAUGAAAUCGGCAGGGACACAGAUAAUCAAAGUGCCUCUUUUCUUCAACUUGAUAUGGAAAAAGAAUCUCAUGAAGAAAAACUGCCUGAUACAGAAGUUACACCCAAUGACACCGACCAUGGUGCUGAUGACGGAAUGAAUGAGCAAAUAACCACCAAAGAAAUUUUUCUUGAAGAUGCAGAGUCAGAGAAGCGAGAUGUUCACAAAGAACACGGGGAGGAAUCGCUACCCGAAAAUGGACACAUUACAACCCCAACUUCUCAAGAAGAGACAAUCUCUGAGUUAAAAACAACCUUUGGAUCAACUUUUGAUGCUGUCACCAUAGAUGCUGAAGCCACCAUGAAAGUUACGCCUUAUGAACAAGAGGAUAAUGAAUUUCUUGAAGAUCAUUCUGAUCAACAUGGUGAUACCUAUGAGGCAAAAGAAACUCCAUUGCUUUCUUCUUCAGAGGAUGACAAAUCAAAACCUGAUGAUGAGAAGGUUAAGGUUGUAUCAAAACUUUUUGGUGAUGGUGUUUCUAAUGAAGCAAUAAAUUCAGAGGACGAAACAUUUCUUAGUCAUGAGGAACCACCAAAAGACGCAGCACCAGAAAAUGUCCAUGCAGUUGGAGAUUCACCUGAUUCCAAUUUAGAACUUCCUACAGAUACUGAGGAGCCAGAGAACCUAGUAUUCCAUCUAGGGUCACUAAAUUCUCAUUCCGAAGAUCCUGAAGAUCACGCAAAGUCAGAGAACUCAGAGAACCUAGUACUCCAUCUAGGGUCACUAGAUUCUCAUUCCGAAGAUCCUGGAGAUCACGCAGAGCCAGAGAACUCAAAUCAAAUCCUUACAGAUACACCAGAUUCUCUUGAUCCAAGAGAAACAGUGGUUGAGGAACUAUCGUUUGAUCUUGAAGAUGGUGAUGCUGGUGGUCUAGCGAAUAAACAUGAGGAAACUCGAGCUGAAGAGCUGAAACCUACUAAUGAAACGGUACAUACAUUUGAUUCUGUAUUGCACAGGGUAGCCCAAGCGGAAUUACAUAGGAAAUUACCAGAUGGACAUAAUUUGGAGAAAGAGGUGACCGAGGAUGAAGAAAAACAUGACAGCAGCAUUGUAAUGGAGGAUGACUUGAAAGAAGUUUCCCGUGAAAAUAAAAUUGAAAUACGUAAAGAAAUAAUCCAACCUGAAAAAAACAGAGAGGUGUCUUUACAGAAGAUUGAGUCAUUUAGCGAGCUGAACAAUAUAGCAGCAAGAGAUGGUGUCCUGCCCCAAGAGUCACAUAUUAAUGAUGAAGCGCUUCAUGUGAAGAAGAAGAACACGGAGAUGGAUGAGAAUAAAUAUGAGGAAAGAGAAGACCUAUUUGAAGAUGAAAAUGCACUUUUGUUCUCUCAGUCGUACGACGCAGACGCUGUGAACGCCUCACCGACGACAUGUCCACAUGUUACCUCGCGUCCUGAGCUGGUCUACAGCGACAGCGUCCUGAGGCUGACUCUGCUGCAGGGUUAUUACACUGAAGAGAAGAUGCUGCGUUUCCAGAGGUUUCUGGGACUCAAGAAUCUCUACAAAGUGGAGUCCAUGUUCUCCGACAUGGACACUGAGUUACAAGCUACUCAUCUUGCACAUUCAGGGACGGUGCAAGACCUCGAAGAGGCACUUGAGGGCAUCUUUGAAACUUCGGAAAAUACCAUCCUAGAUGAAAUUGAGAAGAUUCUGGAUAGUCGGCACUCAAAAUACGCCGAUGAGCAGCGGAUGGAUCUGAUAGAUGACGAAACACAAAUACUGGAUGACUUCCAGGAGCUGGCAUUUAAUCUAAGACAGAAAUAUUCUGCAGCAAACGCCAGCACAACUUUGGUGGAAGAGAAGAUAGAAGUUAAUAAUGACCAGGUCAUUGCAAACAAACCAGACAUGAGCGGCAAAGAUGAUUUGCCUCACAUUAAUGAAGUUGAGAAGAAACCCGACAUGUCAUUGUUGGCGCGUGAUGAUAACCGUACAGUAACCGAUCUUGAGAAAGACCCCGUGAGGAUUGAUAGAGAACCGGAGAUCAGCUUGGACGAAGAGCAUACUACACCGGAUAUGAGUGUGGGGGAAGAUGGCGGACACCUCAAUAAAAACAAAGAAAACCAGCCAAGUUUCAGCAUGUCAGAGGAGAUGCAGAAGUUUCCUCAAGCUGCUUUGGAGAGUCCCUUGGACAAUGGCCUUGGGGAGGUGGAGCACGCACCCUCAGGGUCUUUGGAAUCCAUCGAGCCUCUGUCUGAAUUUCCUGAGAAAGAAGUGGGAUUGCUCUCAGAUGUGGUCACGUUUCUGGGUUGUGCUGCUACAGUUGUCAAGGCAAAAGUUGCAGAGUGGACUGUUCUUAUGAUUUCACUACUGCCAGAAGAGUGGAAGCCUGAGGAAACCUUGUUUGGCUGUCCGUGGCAGGCUGUCAUCAUCACUGCUGUGGUUGGCUUACUGUCCUUUACCAUCUUCCUCUGGAAAACUGUACUAGUGGUAAAAAGAAGAGAAUAUCUUGUGGAUGAAAAGCAACUGGACGAACAAAUCCAAGCGCUUAAAAAAGAGAAAAAUGACGCACUGACUCGAAUGAAUGAACUCCAGAAACAGACUGAAGAGCUGAAAGAAACCCAAAAGGACAAUGUAGAGACUGUUAAUUGUGCAUUGAAAAACAAGCAAAAAUUGGAGAGUCAUGUUUUGGAGGCUGAAAAAAGGUAUGAGCGCAUGGUAGAGGAAAAGAAGACCUGCCAAAAACUGCUUGAUGAAGAAAAAGAAAAUUCACUGCAAAUUGGAAAUCGGCUUAAAAAAUUGGAGAAGUCAAACGAGAAGCUCGAGCUGAGCAGAAAAAAAGCUCAUGAAGCUUUAGCUAAGACAACUGUCCUCUUGGAUGAGGCUAAAAUCCGAGAAGAUGCAUGCAGUGUUCAGCACAGAUCUCUUGCAAAGGAGUAUGCGGGGCUUAAAGAAGAAAAUAAAAAUCUUAAAGGAACCAUAAAAGAUUGGGAGGACAAACACACGGCGCUGAGCGAGCAGAUUAAAGUAUACCAGAAGGCUCAGAAAGAGUUGGAGGACUCCGUGGUGCUCAAAGAUCACAAUGUGGAGGUUUUGUCCGAACUACUGGCAGACCUUGACGCCUGCGAGUUGCAAAAAAGCAACGGCAAGGUAUUUGUGAAUGGCGAAGUAGCACCUGAUAAGACUGCAGUAAAGAACAGGAUCAAACAGAUGAUGGACAUUUCCAGGGUCCAGACCACACUCACGGUGAUCGAAGAGGAGCGUGACCGCUUCAUGUCCAAACUGCUUAAUGAGGAAAAGAGUAGAAAGGCUCUGGAAGAAAAGCAUCAGGAGCUCAAACAUAACAUUGCGACGCUCAAAAGUGAGAAGAGCCACGUGGAAAGCCAAUUCGAAGUCCUCCAGCAGAAAAAUGAAAUCAUGGUGGAAAUGUACCAGCAAAAGGAAAACGCUCUGCAACAGAAGCUCACCAAGGAGGAGCUCGAGCGCCGCUGCAAAGAGGACAUGCUGUCCAAGGUGGGAGGCAAAGCCGUGGAGGCCGAGGAGCAAGUCAAAGUUCUGCGUCAGCGCAUUAAUGAGAUGGAAGAGCAGAUGAAGAAGACUGAAGAAGUCUAUAAGGAGCAGAUAAAAGAACAGGAAAACAAGACUCACUCUAACUGGGUGAACGCUCGCAACGCAGAGCGGGCUUUGAAUCAAGAGAAGCUUGAAUCUUCCAAGCUGCGUGAGAAGUUGGCUGCACUGACCUCACAGCUGAAUGAGCGACGAGCGCCUCUUUUUAGACCAAACUCGGGACAAGCUGCUGGUCCUCGCCAAGGUGAUUCAUACGGGCCCUCCCCAGUGAGUGGGGGGGCGCCAUCCCCCCCAUUAAUGAUUGAGGGUCCCAGGCGCCCUCCCUCGGCCCCAGUGGGGCGAAGAAUUGAGUACGGUCCUUGCCCGCCAUCAGACCCACACAGUCGUUAUCCUGGGAUGGACAUGUCGGGCCCGCGCAGUUCAUCACCUGCCAACAUGGAUGGUUCUGAGACUCAAGAAGUAGAUCCACACACAAAAGGCGAGGCUGAGGCCUCCAAAGAGGCUGCGGAGUCAGGUCCCGGAUCCUUUCUAGCAUCACCCAUCAGGGACUCACCGGGCUCCUUGAGUCAAGGACCGCCGCCACCUGGACUCCAUGAUCCACCCUUCCCUACAGGACCUCACAGCCGUUUGCCACCCGGUGGUCCCUACAGACCUUCGAGACCACCCCUCUACCAUCCAGCACCUGGACCCCAUGGUCCUCCAAAUGCGCUUCUCGGGCCUCCGCUAUCUGCCAACGGACCCCCGGGUAUGUCGCCGUCCGGGCCGAUGCGGGGAGACUUCGGGCCUCGCCCCGCCAACGGACACUCAUUCCACCCUGGGCCAGGACAUGUCAUCCAUCCUCGGGGUCCUCCCCCACCGCCGUUCCGUCCGCCUCCAGGCCAUCAUUUUGGGCUGAUGCCACAUGGUCCACGCAGGCUUAUGGGUCCACCCCCACCAUUCCCUCAUGACAUGCGCUUCCUAGGACCGCACGAGCACAGCCCCCCAGCGGACCUGCCUCCAGUUGUACCGCCCAAUCCGGGUCACAGCGAAGCCUUGGGUCAGCCUCCAGCCGGUGUCCCUCGUGGCUCGGUGGGAGGGCCGCCCCCGAAGCGGGAGGCCUCUCAGGACUCAGCGAGGCCGGCCAUGGUCGAGCCUUAAAAAAAAAAAAAAAAAAAUGCUACAGACUGUUGCAGUUUACUUGAACACUCCCCACAACCAUGUCAUGCUAAACAGAAUUAAGUUCAUAUAUACCACGACUUUUAUAUUUCAGGCUUGUAAUAAAAAAUUAAAUGCUAUUUAGAAGACAUGGUCCUUAAAUCAAAACAUUAUCAGUAAUUGUAUGGAAAAUUCCACUUCAAAACUUCUUUUUGAAUAUAUCUUACUGUGCAAUAAUUGGGUUUGUCGCGUGUGCCUGCGUGUGGUUUUUACAUGUGUAAUGCGCAAAAUUUAACAAAUUUAUUGUCCUAAAAUCUGAGGUGCGCAUUAUACAUGGGCAAAUUUUUUUAUUUUUUUAUCCGGAUAUCAUACGGAGGCCGCCAUUACAGAUGCGCUUUCUUCUCUGCUGUUCACUUCAAACGCGUUCCAUACGAACACAAUGCUCUCGUAUCAGACGCUUGCUCGAUCACCUGCUCGUUUGCUGUCACAAUGUACCCUACACAAAUCCAAAACAUUUCUUCGCUAUUGAGUUUGCUAGCGCAUGCGCAGUGAUACUGACCGGCAGAAUAACAUCCGGUUGUUCCCAAAGAUGAUCUUUUUUCUGAAAUAAUUUUACGUUUAUGGACUUAAGUAGGAGUCAAAAUUUGGGGUCGUAUUAUACAUGGGUACAGGCUUUUUUCCAGCAUCAAGAUGCCCUUUUUAGGGUGCGUAUUAUACAUGGGGGCGCAUUAUACAUGGAAAAAACGGUGUGUAUGUAUGUAUGUGUAUGUAUGUAUGUGUGUAUAUACAUGUGUGUAUAUACAUAUAUGUUGCGUAUAUACAUGUGUGUAUAUACAUAUAUUCACAUAGAUAUGUAUAUAUAUAUAUAUAUAUACAUAUAGUAUAUAUAUAUAUACAUAUACUAUAUGUAUGUUUAUACAUAUAUAUGUAGGUCUAUAAAUAUAUAUAGGUUUAUGUUUAUACAUAUAUUUACAUAUAUAUAUGUUUAUACAUAUAUUUACAUAUAUAUAUGUUUAUACAUAUAUUUACAUAUAUAUGUUUAUACAUAUAUUUACAUAUAUAUAUAUGUUUAUACAUAUAUUUACAUAUAUAUAUAUACACAUGUAUAAACAGCUUUUUAGAAGGGUUUUAAAUGUCAUUUCCUGUGGAAAUAAUUUUUUAAUAGUGGGAAUAGAGAGGUUUAAGCUUCCAGCAUUUCAGACUCAAACCACAAUUUUUCUCAAUUUUUCCUCUGGGGCUGACUGUAAAGCAAAUGUAUAAUUUGAUGGCCGAUGUAUAACUUAUUUUACUAUGUUGGUAGGAACCUUUUAAUAAUAAAAAAAGCAAAAAUU